UAUACUGCGGUUGUGGUGGAACCGGGAUAGAGAUAAGCUGCUCUGUCAUCCAUUCUCCUUUCCAUCCGCCAUUUCCAAUCAAUAUGACUAAGCUUGCGCUCCUCGUCCGAGGAACUGCACUACUGAUUUGUCUAUUGAUCUUCCAACCAUCAUCCACUUCCCAUGGCCAAGCGAGUGGGUCUGGAGCCUGCAUCAGCAGCGAGCGAGAUGCGCUUCUGUCCUUCAAGGCAAGCCUCAUGGACCCUGCCGGCCAUCUCUCGUCAUGGCAGGGUGAGGAUUGUUGCCAGUGGAAGGGAGUCCGGUGCAGCAACAGAACGGGCUAUCUCAUCAAGCUCAACCUCCGCAACACCGACAUGUACGACAGGUACGACAUGUACGCCAUGUACGACAUGGGCUACAACAGCUACGACUACAACUACUACAUGGGCGACUACAGCUACCCGAGCAGGAGCAGUUCAUUGACCUUGUUAGCAGGCGAGAUGAGCUCUUCUUUGGCUACUUUACAACACCUGAGGUAUCUUGAUCUGAGCUGCAAUGACUUCAACGGCACAAGCAUCCCUGUCUUCUUGUCUUCUCUCAAGAACCUAAGGUAUCUCAACCUCUCGUCGGCAGGAUUCGGUGGGAGAAUACCUUCCCAACUUGGCAAUCUCUCAAAGUUGCAAUAUCUUGAUCUCUGUGGGAAUUAUGACUAUUAUGAUGGGAAUUGGUCUUACAUAGUGGAUCUUGCAUGGUUGCCACGUCUCUCUUUGUUGAGACAUCUUGACAUGAGCCGUGUGGACCUUAGUUCUGCGAGGGAUUGGUUUCAGAGGGUUAAUAUGCUUCCUUCUCUUAAAGUGCUUCGUUUGUCCGACUGUGGUCUCAAUGGUAACGUGUCUGCUAGUAUAUCAAUUUCCAACCUCACACAUCUUGAGGUCCUUGACAUGUCUCAUAACGCCUUCACAAUACCCCAAUUUGGCAAUCUCUCAAAGUUGCAAUAUCUUGAUGUGAGUUGGCAUUUAUAUCCUGAUAUGGAUCUUGCAUGGUUUCCACGUCUCUCUUUGUUGAGACAUCUUGACAUGAGUGGUGUGGAUCUUUAUUCUGCGGGGGAUUGGUUUCAGAGGGUUAACAUGCUUCCUUCUCUUAAAGUGCUUCGCUUGUCCGGGUGUGGACUCAAUAGUACCAUGUCUGCUAGUGUAUCACUUUCCAACCUCACACAUCUUGAGGUCCUUGAUAUGUCCAACAACUUUGAUACUUCACUCAAGCAUGCGUGGUUUUGGAAUCUCACAGGCCUUAAGGAGCUUCACCUAGGAUAUUCCGGCUUGGAAGGGUCCAUUCCUAGUGAUUUGGCAAACAUGACGGCCCUUCAAGUCAUAGAUUUAAGUGGGAAUCAGCUCGUGGGUUUGAUACCAGAAAAAUUGGGAAAUUUGUGCAAUUUGACCAGAAUGCGGUUCAGUGGUAACAACAUAGGUUCGAGCAUAGGGGAGUUCAUGAGGCGAUUACCAAAGUGCUCAUGGAAUACAUUGCAAGAAUUUUCGGUGCAGGAUGCAAAUAUGAUCGGGAAUCUUCCCAGUUGGAUUGGUAACAUGACCAAUCUCAGUGUUCUUCAUGCAUCUGAAAACAUGUUGAGUGGCCCUCUACCUGUAGGAGUUGGAGCACUGAGUAAUUUGAAAAGUCUGAUCCUCGGGAACAAUAACUUCAGCGGUGUGCUCUUGAAAGAACAAUUUGCAAAUUUAGGGAAAUUAGAGCUUUUGGACCUCAGCCACAAUAACUUCAGCGGUGUGCUAUUGAAAGAACAUUUUGCAAGUUUAGGCGCCUUAAAGAUUUUGGACCUUAGCUGCAAUAACUUCAGUGGUGUGCUCUCCAAUGAACAAUUUGCAAGUUUGGGCAACUUAAAGAUUUUGGACCUCAGCAGUAAUAACUUUAGUGAUUUUCUCUUGAAAGAACAGUCAGCAAGUUUAGAUAAUUUAAAGCAUUUGGACCUCAGCCAUAAUAAAUUAAAUAGUGUGCUCGUGGGGGAACAUUUUACAGGCCUAUUGAAUUUAAAGUAUCUGGACUUUUCGUACAACUCUGUGAGAUUAGCUAUCAACCAAAAAUGGGUUCCUGCAUUUAGGUUGAAGUACGCAAUAUUCCGGUCAUGUCAAUUGGGCCCUAGAUUUCCUGAGUGGCUUAAAUGGCAAUCUGACAUUGAUGUCCUUGUUCUCAGUAAUGCAAAUCUUGAUGAUGUUAUUCCUGAUUGGUUUUGGGUUACAUUUUCUCGAGCUUCCUUCUUGCAAGUAUCAGGAAACAAAUUGCAUGGGUCAAUACCAUCAGAUCUACAACACAUGUCAGCUGAUCAUAUAUAUCUCGGAUCCAAUAUGUUUACAGGUCAAGUCCCACAGUUGCCUAUAAAUAUAGUACGACUGAACCUAUCUUCAAACACUUUAUCUGGUUCAUUGCCAUCAGAGUUAAAUGCUCCACUACUCGAAGAGUUGUUGCUUGCAAACAAUCAAUUCAUAGGCACCAUCCCGUCGUCUAUAUGCCAAUUGACUAAACUGAAAAGGUUGGACCUAUCAGGAAACCAGUUAACAGGAGAUAUUAUGCAGUGCCAAAAGGAACUUGUUCCAAACUCUACAGAUCAAUUUGGCUCUGACAUGCUGAGCUUAGCCUUGAAUAACAAUGAUCUCACUGGUGAAUUCCCUAAAUUUCUUCAAAGGUCAUCAGGAUUGAUGUUCCUUGAUCUUUCUUACAAUAGGUUUGUUGGAGGAUUGCCAGAAUGGUUACCAGAAAAAGUGCCACACUUGAAAAUAUUAAGAGUGAGAUCAAAUAUGUUCAAUGGUCAUAUUCCUAAGAGUCUCACUUCCCUUCACGACCUUCAUUAUUUGGACAUAGCACACAACAAGAUAACAGGAAGCAUACCAUGGUCUUUGUCAAACCUGAAGGCAAUGAUGACAGUGGUGUCACAUGACACCGGAGAUUACAUAUAUGAAGAGAGCAUCCCAGUAAUCACAAAGGACCAAAAGCGUGACUACACCUUUGCAAUUUACCAGCUACUGGUAGUUCUUGAUUUGUCAAGUAAUAGUUUGGCAGGACAGAUUCCAGAGGAGAUACAUUUACUCAUUGGGCUUACCAAUCUGAACUUGUCAAACAACCACCUCACAGGAGCAAUCCCAAACAAAAUUGGUGAUUUAAGGCAGUUGGACUCACUCGACCUAUCCUUCAAUGAGUUUUCUGGUUCAAUACCAUCAAGUUUGUCAGCUUUAACUUAUUUGAGCCACUUGAACUUGUCAUACAACAAUCUGUCCGGUGCAAUACCAUCCGGCCAACAGCUACAAGCUCUUGAUAACCAGAUGUAUAUCUACAUCGGUAACCCUGGUCUUUGUGGAGAUCCUGUUGGCAGGAGCUGCUCAACACAUGAUGCAGAGCAAAGUGGCCUUGAAGAUAUAGAUCAUAUGCCAUCUGUUUAUCUUGCCAUGAGCAUUGGAUUUGUGGUGGGUCUGUGGACAGUUUUCUGCACCAUGUUGAUGAAGAGGACAUGGAGGGCUGCCUUCUUCCAGUUUGUUGAUAUGAUGUACGACAUGGUUUAUGUGCAAGUGGCUGUAAGGUGGGCUCACGUGAUGGAGAAAACUCAAGACGGUGCACCAUGAAGUGCCAAACUCCGCAGCAAGCGAAUUGUUUGUACCUAAAUAUUAUUUGUAUGUUCGCACCAUAUCUCUAUUUGUGUAACCCUAAAGGGGCCUUGGCUGGACGUAUGUAUUGUACUGAUGUAUUGGUAUUUGUAUGUUAGUACUGUAACAAAUGAAGUGUAUAGGUUUGUGGAUUAUUUAAACUGAAGUCAGCCACAUGGGUACUCUGCCU